GCGAUGGUUGCGUGUUACCCAGGCAACGGGACCGGAUACGUACGCCACGUGGACAACCCGAACGGAGACGGGCGAUGUGUCACCUGUAUCUACUACCUAAAUAAAGACUGGGACGCCAAGGUAUAUUACUAUUAUUACUGUCUACAGUAGUACAAUACAAUACAGUAGUGAAGUAGAAUACAAUACCUUACAGUAGUUCAGUAGUACAGUACAGUAGGAUACAGUAGUACAUAAUACAAUACAGUACACUACAGUAGUACAAUACUUUAGUACAGGACAAUACAGUAGUACAGUAUAAUACAGUAGUACAGUACAGUAUAGUACAGUGUAGUACUGAACUCUGCUGGACUGUAUUGUUCUGAACUCUACUCUGCUGGACUGUAUUGUACUGAACUCUACUGUACUGAACUCUACUGUACUGAACUCUACUCUGCUGUUUUGUAUUGUACUGAACUCUACUCUGCUGGACUGUAUUGUUCUGUACUGAACUCUACUCUGCUAUACUGUAUUGUACUGAACUCUACUGUACUGAACUCUGCGCUACUCUAUUGUACUGAACUACACUCUGCUGUACUGUAUUGUAUUGUACCCUAGUCUAUUGUGCUGUAUUGUUCUGAACUCUGCUGUAUUGUACUGAACUCUACUCUGCUGUACUGUAUUUUACUGAACUCUACUCUGCUGUACUGUAUUUACUGAACUCUACUCUGCUGUACUGUAUUGUACUGAACUCUGCUCUACUGUACUGUGUUGUAUUGUACUGAACCCUAGUCUGCUGUGCUGUAUUGUACUGAACAUGACUCUUCUGUACUGAACCGUAGUCUGUUGUACUGUAUUGUAGUGUAGUGUACUGUAUUAAACUCUACUCUGCUCUGCUGUACUGUAUUGUACUGAACUCUACUCUGCUGUAUUGUAUUAAACUCUACUCUGCUCUGCUGUACUGUAUUGUACUGAACUCUACUCUACUGUACUGUGUUGUAUUGUACUGAACCCUAGUCUGCUGUGCUGUAUUGUACUGAACUCUGCUCUACUGUACUGUAUUGUACUGAACUGAACUCUGCUCUGCUGUACUGUAUUGUACUGAACUCUACUCUGCUGUAUUGUAUUGUACUGAACUCUACUCUACUGUACUGUGUUGUAUUGUACUGAACCCUAGUCUGCUGUGCUGUAUUGUACUGAACUCUACUCUGCUGUACUGUAUUGUACUGAACUGACCUCUACUCUGCUGUACUGUAUUGUACUGAACUCUACUCUGCUGUAUUGUAUUGUACUGAACUCUGCUCUACUGUACUGUGUGUACUUACUGAACUCUACUCAUCUGACUGUAUUGUCUGACUGACCUCUACUCUGGCUGUACUGUCAUUGUACUGAACAUGUACUCUCUGUACUGAACCUAGUCUGUUUACUGUAUUGUGUGUAUGUUCUAGGUACUGGUAUUAACUCUACUCUGUCUCUGUAGUUGUGAGUUACUCUCGUAUUGUAUUGUACUGACUCUACUCUGCUGUGUGUCCCUGGUCUCUAACAUAGUGUAUUACUCUACAUUACCUUAUGUUUACUCGUCCAGGUCCUGAUUAUUCUGUUACUGUAUUUCCAUUACCGGGUGUUGAUCCACUUCUCUUACUGUAGUUCAAUAACCAAUCUCAAGUAAUAUCUGACACACAGUGUGUUACUCUCCUAGGUCUCCUAGACUUAGUGUGUUACUCUCCUAGGUCUCUAGACUUAGUGUGUUACUCUCCUAGGUCUCCUAGCUUAGUGUGUUACUCCUCCUAGGUCUCCUAGACUUAGUGUGUUACUCUCCUAGGUCUCCUAGACUUAGUGUGUUUACUCUCCUAGGUCUCCUAACUAGUGUGUUACUCUCCUAGGUCUCCUAGACUUAGUGUGUUACUCCCCUAGGUCUCCUAGACUUAGUGUGUUACUCUCCUAGGUCUCCUAGACUUAGUGUGUUACUCUCCUAGGUCUCCUAGGUCUCCUAGACUUAGUGUGUUACUCUCCUAGGUCUCCUAGACUUAGUGUGUUACUUCCUCCAAAAGGUCUCCUAGGUUCUCCUAGACUUAGUGUGUUACUCCUCCCUAGGUCUCCUAGACUUAGUGUGUUACUCUCCUAGGUCUCCUAAACUUAGUGUGUUACUCUCCUAGGUUCUCCUAGACUUAGUGUGUUACUCCACUAGGUCUCCUAGGUCUCCUAGACUUAGUGUGUUUACUCUCACUAGGUCCUCCUAGACUUAGUGUGUUUACUCUCCUAGGUCCCUAGACUUAGUGUGUUACUCCACUAGGUCUCCUAGGUCUCCUAGACUUAGUGUGUUACUCUCCUAGGUCUCCUUGACUUAGUGUGUUACUCUCCUAGGUAUCCUAGGUCUCCUAGACUUAGUGUGUUACUCUCCUAGGUCUCCUGACUUAGUGUGUUACUCUCCUAGGUCUGCUAGACUUAGUGUGUUACUCUCCUAGGUCUCCUAGACUUAGUGUUGUUUACUCCACUAGGUCCUCCAGGUCUCCUAACUAGUGUGGUUACUCUCCUAGGUCUCCUUUACUUAGUGUGUUACUCUCCUAGGUCUCCUAGACUUAGUGUGUUACUCUCCUAGGUCUCCUAGACUUAGUGUGUUACUCUCCUAGGUCUCCUAGACUUAGUGUGUUACUCUCCUAGGCCCUGCUUAGACUUAGUGUGUUGUUACUCUCCUAGGUCUGCUAGACUUAGGGGUGUUACUCUCCUAGGUCUCCUAGACUUAGUGUGUUACUCUCCUAGGUCUGCUAGACUUAGUGUGUUACUCUCCUAGGUCUCCUAGACUUAGUGUGUAUCCCCUGCUCCUAGGUCUUCUAGACUUAGUGUGUUACUCUCCUAGGUCUCCUAGACUUAGUGUGUUACUCCCCUAGGUCUCCUAGACUUAGUGUGUUACUCUCCUAGGUCUCCUAGACUUAGUGUGUUACUCUCCUAGGUCUCCUAGACUUAGUGUGUUACUCUCCUAGGUCUCCUAGACUUAGUGUGUUACUCCCUAGGUCGUACUAGGUUCUCUCCUAGACUUAGUGUGUUACUCCCUAGGUCUCCUAGACUUAGUGUGUUACUCUCCUAGGUCUCCUAGAACUUAGUGUGUUACCCCACUCUCUAGGGUCUCCUAGGUCUCCUAGACUUAGUGUGUUACUCCCCUAGGUCUCCUAGACUUAGUGUGUUACUCUCCUAGGUCUCCUAGGUCUCCUAGACUUAGUGUGUUACUCUCCUAGGUCUCCUAGACUUAGUGUGUUUACUCUCCCUAGGUCUCCUAGACUUAGUGUGUUACUCUCCUAGGUCUCCUAGACUUAGUGUGUUACUCUCCCUAGGUCUCCUAGACUUAGUGUGUUACUCUCCUAGGUCUCCUAGACUUAGUGUGUUACUCUCCUAGUCUCCUAGACUUAGUGUGUUACUCUCCUAGGUCUCCUAGACUUAGUGUGUUACUCACUCUCCUAGGUCUCCUAGACUUAGUGUGUUACUCUCCUAGGUCCCUAGACUUAGUGUGUUACUCUCCUAGGUCUCCUAGACUUAGUGUGUUACUCUGUCCCUAGGUCUCUAGAUUAGGUGUGGUUUGACUCUCCUAGGUCUCCACCUAAGUGUUUACUCUCCUAGGUCUCCUAGACUUAGUGUGUUACUCCACUAGGUCUUCUAGACUUAGUGUGUUACUCUCCUAGGUCUCUCUAGACCUUAGUGUGUUACUUCCCUAGGUCUCCUAGACGUUAGUGUGUUACUCUCCUAGGUCUCCUAGACUUAGUGUGUUACCUCACUAGGUCUCCUAGACUUAGUGUGUUACUCUCAUAGGUCUCCUAGACUUAGUGUGUUACUCCUAGGUCUCCUAGCGGUCUCCCUAGACUUAGUGUGUUACUCCCUAGGUCUCCUAGACUUAGUGUGUACUCUCACUAGGUCUCCUAGGUCUCCUAGACUUAGUGUGUUACUCACCGAGGUCUCCUAGACUUAGUGUGUUACCUCUCCUAGGUCUCCUAGGUCUCCUAGACUUAGUGUGUACUCUCCUAGGCUCCUAGGUCUCCUAGACUUAGUGUGUACUCUCCUAGGUCUCCUAGACUUAUGUGUUACUCUCCCUAGGUCUCCUAGACUUAGUGUGUUCCCUCCCUAGGUCUCCUAGACUUAGUGUGUUACUCUCCUAGGUCUCCUAGACUUAUGUGUUACUCCACUAGGUCUCCUAGACUUAGUGUGUUACUCUCCUAGGUCUCCUAGACUUAGUGUGUUACUCCCUAGGUCUCCUAGACUUAGUGGUGUUACUCUCCUAGGUCUCCUAGACUUAGUGUGUUACUCUCCUAGGUCUCCUAGACUUAGUGUGUUACUCUCCUAGGUCUCCUAGACUUAGUGUGUUACUCUCCUAGGUCUCCUAGACUUAGUGUGUUACUCUCCUAGGUCUCCUAGACUUAGUGUGUUACUCCACUAGGUCUCCUAGACUUAGUGUGUUACUCUCCUAGGUCUCCUAGACUUAGUGUGUUACUCCUCCUAGGUCUCCUAGACUUAGUGUGUUACCUCUCCUAGGUCUCCUAGACUUAGUGUGUUACUCUCCUAGGUCUCCUAGACUUAGUGUGUUACUCUCCUAGGUCUCCUAGGUCUCCUAGACUUAGUGUGUUACUCCCCUAGGUCUCCUAGACUUAGUGUGUUACUCUCCUAGGUCCCCUCUUAGGUCUCCUAGGUCUCCUAGACUUAGUGUGUUACUCCUCCUAGUCUCCUAGACUUAGUGUGUUACUCUCCUAGGUCUCCUAGACUUAGUGUGUUACUCUCCUAGGUCUCCUAGACUUAGUGUGUUACUCUCCUAGGUCUCCUAGACUUAGUGUGUUACUCUCCUAGGUCUCCUAGACUUAGUGUGUUACCUCCAUUUAGGUCCUCUCUAGGUCUCCUAGACUUAGUGUUUUUACUCUCCUAGGUCUCCUAGACUUAGUGUGUUAGUCUCCUAGGUCUCCUAGACUUAGUGUGUUCCCCACUAGCUCCUAGGUCUCCUAGACUUAGUGUGUUACUCCCUAGGUCUCCUAGACUUAGUGUGUUACUCUCCUAGGUCUCCUAGACUUAGUGUGUUACUCUCCUAGGUCUCCUAGACUUAGUGUGUUACUCCCCUAGGUCUCCUAGACUUAGUGUGUUACUCUCCUAGGUCUCCUAGACUUAGUGUGUUACUCCCUAGGUCUCCUAGGUCCUCCCUAGACUUAGUGUGUUUACUCCACUAGGUCCCCUCCUCCAGGUCUCCUAGACUUAGUGUGUUACUCUCCUAGGUCUCCUAGACUUAGUGUGUUACUCUCCUAGGUCUCCUAGACUUAGUGUGUUACUCCACUAGGUCUCCUAGGUCUCCUAGACUUAGUGUGUUACUCCACUAGGUCUCCUAGACUUAGUGUGUUACUCCCCUAGGUCUCCUAGACUUAGUGUGUUACUCUCCUAGGUCUCCUAGACUUAGUGUGUUACUCUCCUAGGUCUCCUAGACUUAGUGUGUUACUCUCCUAGGUCUCCUAGACUUAGUGUGUUACUCCACUAGGUCUCCUAGGUCUCCUAGACUUAGUGUGUUACUCCACUAGGUCUCCUAGGUCUCCUAGACUUAGUGUGUUACUCUCCUAGGUCUCCUAGACUUAGUGUGUUACUCUCCUAGGUCUCCUAGACUUAGUGUGUUACUCUCCUAGGUCUCCUAACUUAGUGUGUUACUCUCCUAGGUUCUCCCUAGACUUAGUGUGUUACUCUCCUAGGUCUCCUAGACUUAGUGUGUUACUCUCCUAGGUCUCCUAGACUUAGUGUGUUACUCUCCUAGGUCUCCUAGACUUAGUGUGUUACUCCCCUAGGUCUCCUAGACUUAGUGUGUUACUCUCCUAGGUCUCCUAGACUUAGUGUGUUACUCUCCUAGGUCUCCUAGACUUAGUGUGUUAUCUCCUAGGUCUCCUAGGUCUCCUAGACUUAGUGUGUUACGCCCUAGGUCUCCUAGACUUAGUGUGUUACUCUCCCUAGUCCUCCUAGACUUAGUGUGUUACUCUCCUAGGUCUCCUAGACUUAGUGUGUUACUCUCCUAGGUCUCCUAGACUUAGUGUGUUACUCUCCUAGGUCUCCUAGGACUUAGUGUCUGUUACUCUCCUAGGCCUCCGAGACUAGUGUGUUGUUACUCUCUCGGUAUCCUAGACUUAGGGUGUACUCGCCUAGGUCUCCUAGACUUAGUGUGUAACUCUCCUAGGUCUCUAGCACUUAGGUGGUUUACUCCACUAGGUCUCAUAGAUUAGGUGUUACUCUCCUAGGUUCCUAGGUCUCCUAGACUUAGUGUGUUACUCCCCUAGGUCUCCUCGACUUAGUGUGUUACUACCAGAGGGAUCUAGAUUAGUGUUGUUACUCUCCUAGUCUCCUAGGACUUAGGGGUGUUACUCCACUGGUUCUCCUAGACGUAGUGUGUUGACUUCCUGGCUCCUAGACUUAGUGUGUUAUCCCCUAGGUCUCUAGAUUAGUGUGUUACUUCCCUAGGUCUCCUAGACUUAGUGUGUUACUCCACUAGGUCUCCUAGACUUAGUUUGUGUUUCCCAAAUAGCUCCCUAUUUUCUAUACAGUGCACUUGUUUUGACCAGCUCCUUAUGGGCCUUGGUCAAACGUAGUGCACUAUAAAGGGACAAGGAGCCAUGUGGAACGCUGCCCUGAAGAGGCAACAAUGUUUCUUUUCUGAUUUUCCAGUUUCAUGUUUGUAACGGAUUGUGAUUUCAAUCUGUUGUUGCUCUCAAUGCUGCUGUGAUUGGUCUGUUGGCCUUUUUGUCAAACCCCUUUCUUUCUCAAAUAGCUGUGGCUGUCAUCUGUCAUUCUAUUGUUGUGGUCUGUUCUCAUCUCUGCUUGUGUUGUUUGGUUCUAUUCUAGGAACAUGGGGAUAAUCUGAUUGAAUAAUUGAUUGAUUUAUUGAUCUGUUUUUCUAGGAACAUGGGGAUAUUCUGAUUGAAUAAUUGAUUGAUUUAUUGAUCUGUUUUUUCUAGGAACAUGGGGAUAUUCUGAUUGAAUAAUUGAUUGAUUUAUUGAUCUGUUUUUUCUAGGAACAUUGGGAUAUUCUGAUUGAUUGAAUAAUUGAUUGAUUAAUUGAUUGUUCUGUUUUUCCAGGAGCAUGGUGGUGUUCUGCGUAUCUUCCCAGAGGGUAAAGCUCAGUUCGCCGACAUCGAGCCUAAGUUUGACCGGUUGCUGUUCUUCUGGUCAGACAGACGGAACCCACACGAGGUCCAGCCGGCCCACGCUACU